AUGAUUCCCUCCAUCAUCCUGCUCUCAACCCUGGUGGCCUCGGCCUUGGGCGGCAAUUCUUCCACCUACAACUUCCCGUCAGGGUUCAAUAUCGGCCUAGUCAAGCCGGAUCAACUGAACUCAUGGUGUGAGGGCCAGCGCAACGUGUGUCCCUCAAUUUGCAAGGGCUCGACCAAGCAAAACACCUGCGAUCCUAACACCCUGAAGUUCGACUGUAUCUGCUCGGAUGGAACCACGCCCGACGUCUCUCCGUUUAUCCAGACAGUUCCAUUCUAUGUCUGCGAGGCUACUUAUGGCCAGUGCAUCGACUCUCACCCGAAUGACGCUCAGGGCCAGCGAGCUUGCAAACAGGCCGCAACCUGUGGCAAGAAAAACUCAACUGCUUCCGAUACUACCAGCUCGAGCGCGUCGGCAUCCAGUACCAUGGCUAUCGCCACUGCGACUGGCUCUGACUCCAGCAAGACCACGUCGUCGGCCGUUGCGGCAGCGAGCACCACAACCAACGCCGCCAUUAUCCUGGGCAGCCUUGAGGGUUACUCCACAGGUUUGAUGGCAGGCGCCAUGGUGUUGGCCAUGCGGUUCUUCCUGUGA